AUGACACUAACAACCAUCCAGCGCGUCUUCGCCCAAGUCCACUCGCCGACGAGCCUGACAUUCCCAGAAACCGUCGCAUCGCUGCUCAAGCUGGGCGUGACGCGGUACCACGUAGACUACAUCGCGCGCACCACGACGACGUACAUGCCCAGGCCAGCCUCCAACUCGGCAUCCGACUCGACAUCUCCCUCGACAGCCACCUCGACAGAUCAAACUCCCAUUGCGACCGAGCAAAUCGCCAUGCCCGCGCCGGCCGUAAAUGCCGACACGGCAUGGGACGCGGCGGGACUGGCGCGGGCCAUCAGGCGCGUGCAGGGCCGCGAGACCGUCUACGCCGAGUUUGCGCGCGAGUGCGUCGACGCCGGCGUCGCGGGGUACAUCGCGUGCCUGGCGGGCAAGAGGGUCCUGUAUUAUGGCCUAAACGGCGACGUGCACAUCGAGUGGUUCCCAGGUGCGGAACCAAGGGGCCACAAGUAA